GUGUACAAGCGUUUGCAAGGUUGAAGGUCAGCAGUAUGGACAAGAUCAGAGUCUCAUUGUUCCAGUGUGGAUAUCCUGCACAGAAAAACCUCAGCUUGAAAGGUUAACAUACGCGUUGAUUGAUUGUCAGUCGAAUGCAACUUUCAUCACCGAAAGCCUUAGAUCAGCACUGAACAUCGACGGAGCAAAUAGUCAUCUUCUUCUCUCAACAAUGCACGAAGAAAAUGAGUUAAUACAGUGUAAGAAGAUUCAAGGAAUCAARGUGCAAGAUUACAAGCGUCAAGUCUCCAUCACACUGCCAAGGAUCUUCACGAGACCAGUCAUUCCUUGCAAGCCAUCCCAGAUUCCAAAGCCUGAAAUCGCGAGACAGUGGAAACAUCUYAAUCGAAUCGCAGAUGAACUGAUGCCCUACAGAGAUGAUAUCGAAGUCGGCUUGCUGAUAGGCACGAACUGCCCUAAAGCCAUCAAGCCUCGAGAAGUCAUAGCAGGUUCUGAUAACGACCCGUAUGGAAUAAGAACCGACCUUGGUUGGGGCAUCGUUGGACGYGUGUGUAAGAGCCCCAUCAAUGAAGAGUCACCAGAAGAAUCUGAUACCAACAAUUGGGUCAAUGCGACAACAGCUGAUCACAUUUCCAUGGUGCGCGAAGAGCAAAAUGAUGCCAAUAAAGCCACCUUCACGACCGAAACUCACGCAAGAGAGGUCAUAAGCCCUGCCCAGGUGAGGGAGAUGUUCGAGAGAGACUUCCACGAGAAGCCAGAUCCCAAACAACAGCCCAUGUCAGCAGACGACCGAGCAUUUCUGACGGAAAUGAAAAAUCAGAUUCGCCAAAGGAAAGACGGGCACUAYGAAAUGCCUCUCCCUCUAAGGAACAAGGAUGUUUGUCUCCCAAACAACAGGUCUCAAGCCCUGAGACGCCUCGCACAGCUCAAAGCGCGUCUGAAAGGGAAUGAGAGAUUAAGAAGAGACUAUCUCGAGUUCAUGCGAAAGACGAUUGAUGAAUGUGCAGAGAGAGUUCCGGCCGAAGGCGGCAGACCCACAGGAGGACGUAUUAACUAUGUUCCCCACCACGGCGUCUACCACGCAAAGAAACCAGAUAAGAUUCGGGUUGUCUUCGAUUGCAGCGCCGUCUACAGAGGCACAUCAUUGAACAAGAACCUUCUGCAAGGACCCGAUCUGACAAACAGCUUAUUGGGUGUUCUUUGUAGAUUCCGUCAGGAACAAAUUGCCUUUUCAUGCGAUGUGGAAGGUAUGUUCCACCAGUUCUAUGUCGAUGAAGCAGACCGAGACCUUCUUCGGUUUUUCUGGUGGGAAGAUGGGAACCUGGACAGCCAACCGAUUGAAUACCGCAUGAAUGUCCAUCUAUUUGGUGCAGCAUCAUCUCCCGGAUGUGCAAAUUUCGGUUUCAAGCAAGCUGCGAACGAUGGAGAAAUUGAAUUUGGCCAAGAAGCUGCCAACUUCAUUCGUCGAGACUUCUACGUCGACGACGGCCUCGAGUCUGUAGAGACCCCGGAGAAAGCGGUAGAAAUUAUAAGGAACAGUCAAGCCAUAUGCGCGAAGGCGGGUCUAAGACUUCACAAGAUAAACAGUAACAGCAAGAAAGUUAUUCAAUCCAUCCCAGUUGAGGACAGAGCUAAAAAUCUUCAAGACAUAGAUUUCAACCAAGAUCCUCUACCAAUCGAACGAACUCUCGGUGUCAUGUGGUGUAUCGAGACAGAUUGCUUCCAGUUUAGGAUAAUCCUCCAAGAUCGUCCUCUAACUAGAAGAGGUAUUCUGUCUACUGUUUGCUCAGUAUUCGACCCUCUUGGAUUCCUGGCUCCCGUGGUCUUGGUCGGAAAACAGAUCUUUAUCGUCUAGAUCCCUUCAUCGACGACAAAGGUGUCCUGCGUGUCGGAGGUCGCCUUCGAAGGGCUAGCACGUCGGAAGAACUGAAGCAUCCAGUUAUAUUGCCCGGAAAGGCCCACAUAUCCAAGUUGGUUAUAAAUAAUUGUCAUCUAGCAACCAAGCAUCAAGGCCGAGGAAUGACUUACAACGAAGUACGUCAGCGCGGAUAUUGGAUAACCCGAGGAUUAUCGGCAACAGCGUCGGCUAUCGAACGGUGCAUAACAUGUAAAAGGCUAAGAGCUCCUUUGCAGCAACRAAAGAUGGCGGACCUCCCAAAUGACCGGCUGGAACCAGCACCUCCCUUCACCUAUUGUGCUGUGGAUUAUUUCGGCCCAUUUAGUAUAAAGGAGGGAAGAAAGGAGGUGAAACGCUAUGGCGUUUUGUUUACUUGCAUGCCCUCCCGUGCCAUACAUCUAGAGACCGCAGCGUCGCUGUCCACCGACUCAUUCAUAAACGCACUCAGGCGCUUCCUAGCAGAGCGUGGCCCAGUACGUCAAUUAAGAUCUGACUGUGGUACCAAUUUUAUCGGAGCCAGUAACGAAUUACGGGAAGCCCUAGAUGAAGAGAAAGUACGCGAUGAGUUACUCAAGGAAAAUUGUGAAUGGAUUACCUUCAAGAUGAAUCCGCCUUCAGCAAGCCACGCUGGAGGAGUGUGGGAGCGGCAAAUCCGGAGUGUGAGAAACGUCCUACGACCGCUUAUGCAAGAGGCUGGACAUCAGCUCGACGACGAAAGCUUCCGCACUCUGAUGAAGGAAGUUCAAGCCAUCGUCAACUCAAGGCCUUUGACGACAGUAAGCUCAGAAGACCUGGAGCCUUUGACACCAAAUCACCUACUGACAAUGAAGUCAAAGGUACUGAUGCCCCCUCCAGGUGUCCUUUUAAGGACUGACUUGUACUGUCGCAAGCGAUGGAGGAGAGUGCAACAUCUAGCCAAUGAAUUUUGGAAGAAGUGGAGAGGAGAGUACAUGCAAACACUGCAAGUACGAAAGAAAUGGGACCGACCUAGGCGAAACGUCAAGGUAAAUGACAUUGUUAUUAUUAAAGACGACAAUCUACCAAGAAGCGAUUGGAAGCUUGCUCGUGUCUACGAAGUUCUUCCAAGUGAUGAUGGUUUAGUGCGCAAGGCACUCCUCGCCCUAGCUACCUCCCAAUUGGACAACAAGGGAAGACGACUGACAGAGACGAAGUACCUUCAACGUCCUGUACAGAAGCUUGUAGUGCUCCAGAAGGCAGAGUAAGACUAACAUCCACCAUCGAAGGGCAUCGAAGCAUCCAAGUAAAACACACACUACGUGUAUAUGAACAUUAAGUCACAGUGACAUCUAUAUUUGUUUAUGUUCCAAAUAUUAAAAAACAACAAAACAAUGAUUCUCUUUGAUUGAACAGUGGUUCUCCACCGACUGUUGGGAAGCCCUGUGACUGUUGCCAUAAACAGUCGUGGAAUGUUUAAAUAAUUAUUAAGUAUAUAAUAAGUACAUCAUUAUUUUGAUCUCAAAUUUCAAU